UAUGAAUAAUGAAAACGAUGAAAAUGCCUAUGCCAAGUACUGACAGUGUGAAAGUGGCAGUGCGGGUGCGGCCUUUUAGUCAGAGAGAGAAGAAUUCUGGAAGCAAAUGUGUGAUUUCCAUGCAUUCCAGAACCACCACCACUGUUCAGGACCCUAAGAAUCCAGAGCAUGUGAAGACGUUUACUUUUGACCUGGCAUAUUGGUCUCACAGCGGAUUCCAAGAGGAUAAAGAUGGUGUCCUAAUUUCAGCUGAUCCCACUAGUGAUUUUGCAGGCCAGAGAGACGUUUUCCAUGACAUUGGGAGGGGAAUUCUGGACAGUGCUUGGCAAGGUUAUAAUGCCACUCUCCUGGCCUAUGGCCAAACAGGCUCUGGAAAGAGCUAUUCCAUGAUCGGGUUUGGGGCCAACAAGGGUAUUAUUCCAAAUGUGUGUGAAGAGCUCUUUCAAGCAAUUGAGAGCCAAGAGAGAAACCAAGAAUACCAGGUUACCUUCAGCAUGCUGGAAAUUUACAAUGAACAGAUUAGAGAUUUACUGUCUAGGACCAGAAAGCCUGGUGGGCUAAAAGUAAGGGAAGACCAGCACCUGGGCUUUUAUGUGGAGGGUCUGAAGUCAGUGCCUUGUGAGAGCUACGCACAAAUUGAAAGGCUGAUGGAACAAGGAACAAAAAUAAGGACCACAGCUUCCACCACCAUGAAUGCCAGCAGCAGCCGAUCCCACAUGCUCAUCACCAUUCAGUUCAAGCAGGUCUUCCUGGACAGAGACCUCACCAAACAGUCCAGUAUCAACUUGGUGGAUUUAGCAGGAAGUGAAAGGCAGAAGUCUUCAGGAGCUGAAGGUGACAGACUAAGGGAGGGAUCCCGAGUGAACUUAAGCCUAACCAGUUUAGGAAACGUCAUCAGCGCUCUGGCUGACGCAGCCAUGGGGAAGAAAGUCCUGCACAUUCCCUACCGAGACUCUGUUCUGACCAAACUUCUCCAGUCAGCUCUGGGUGGAAACAGCAGAACGACUUUGAUAGCAGCCAUAAGUCCCGCUGACAUCUGCUACGAGGAAACGUUAUCGACAUUAAGAUACGCUGAGAGGGCUAAGAAGAUCCGGAAUGCAGCCGUGGUCAAUGCCUGGACGCUGAUGAGGGAUUUGAGGGCAGAGAAUAAGCUGCUGCUCAGAGGCGGAAACCACGGAAUGGCAGAGCAGGUGGGCUCCUCUCCUGUAGACCAGCAGCGGGGGCCUGGAGCCCAUCAGGCCACCUGGGCACACCUGCUGGCGCAGGCGCGCAGAGAAUGGGAGCAGCUAUAUGCAGCCGUUGCCCAGGAGCAGCAGAUGGUGAAGACCCUCCCUCACCUCCGCAACGUCAACGAGGACCCACAGCUCUCGGGGGUCCUCAGGCACUUCAUCCGCACAGGUUCCUGGGAUGCGGGGCAGGCUGCUUCCAAUGCUAUCAUCCUACAAGGUCUGGGAAUUUCAGAUAAACACGCUGCCUUCACAAAUUUGGAUGGUAGGGUGACAGUCACGCCAUACGGUACAUGCAAAGUUAUUGUCAAUGGGGUGCCCGUUACGACCGAGACAAAGCUACAGCAUCUGGACCGUGUAAUUUUGGGAUCCAACAGUGCCUACCUGUAUGUGGGGUUCCCGGCAGAGCGCGGCGGCGAGGACUGGAGCAGAUUCGAUUACGACUUCUUCCAGCUGGAGAGGGCCGCUGCAGAGGGCGUGAGCAUGGACAGGCUGGGCGCUGUGAGCGAUGGAGAUGGCAACGCAGACCCCAGCGUCCUGGCUGUGUUCCAAGACUACAUCAGGCUCAUGCCACUGGUUGCAGAAGCAAAUCAGAUGAGUGAGGAGCUGAACAAGGGCCUUCAAAUGGAGCUGAAAGUGAAGAAUCUGGCGUCGUCAGAUUCCAGGGGCUACGACCUGCAGAAAGAGGUCACAGUGAAAGUGACCAACCGAAGGACUCACGAGGUGUGGAUUUGGUCGAAAGCCAAGUUUAUCAACAGGAAAUUCCUGAUGGAGGAGCUGUACCAGCGCUUUCGAGACGGAGAAGACAGCGACGUGGCUCAGGAAGAUGACCCCUUCUGGGACCCUGUCGAGGUGGUCCACUUGGGCUCCGCGCAUAUCUGGCUCCAGUCCCUGGCAUACUGCAUGCCGUUCGAGGAGCAGGUGGAGUUUCUCAACUGUGACGGGCUGGAGGAGGCCGUGCUGCACGUCCACAUAGCCCCCUGCUCCCCAGCGGGACGAGCCCACGGCGAGGAAGAUGUGGUUACGGAUCCUUUGGAGCUAUUGGGCAAGAGGAUGGAUUUCCAGAUUCACAUUGUCCAGUGUCUUGGCGUCAAGUGGCUAAAGGAAGAUGCAAAGCGGGGCAUUCAGAUAGGGUAUAGAAUUUAUGACCUUCCAAACACUUUGUACACCAAGCCUGUCUGGAAAACCAUGAAUCCCCAAAUUGAAGAGACUGUCCAAUUUGCGGCCUUAAAUGCGUCUCAGGAGUUCCUGAAUUAUUUACAGACAAAUGCUCUGAUUGUUGACUUAUGGGGCCUUCAAGAAGGCUGUGCUGAGCUCAGCUGCUCCCAGCUGGACCCCAUGGCCACAGAGGAAGGCCACAUUGUGGUGGACACCAGGAACCUUUCCCUUGUGAAGGACCCAAGCCAGACUGCAUCAAGCCAGGGGGCAGACGUCUAUCCGAAGCUGCUCAGGUUGGAGCGGGAGACAGAGCUGCUCCGAGACGUUAACAGGGCGCUGAGAGCGGAGAACGUGUUUCUCAAAGGCUCGCUGGCCAAACUGAGUCCCGGUCUACAAGGUGAGACACUGCUCAAGGUAACUGGAGCCACAGCACAACAGCCCACGGCCCUCAGGCCUGAUGUGCCCUGCACUGCGGCACAGGCCGGCUCUGACAGGGAGCUCGCCAGAGCGCUCAAGGCCUUCUACCAAAGCAUGAACGCGGCCAGGGGGCAGCUUCUCCGGCUGAGACAGAGCAGACCGCCUGAAGAUGAUCAACUGCUUCGACCAUUUAUACACCAACAGACACAGAUGUUAAAGGAUUUUGGGAACCUAUUUGAAUCCAGCUUGUGGAAACUGAAAAAUGAUGUGGCCCUUGUAGUGAAAAAGAAGAGAGAACAUUUAUUGCCUAUCCAACAGUGA